UGCAGCCUUCAUAAUAUCCAAUGCACGACACAAGAAAUCCAUUUCGAUUUCUAUUAGGUUUCUUCCAAUCUCAAGGAAAGGAGCAAAAUUUAUUCUCAGAUCCGUGUUCUUCUCCUCAUACCCACUCGUUUCAAUUCACCAUGAUUAAUAUCAUGAUGGUCGCCGAUACCGUAGUCGUAACCGCAGCCAAAGGACUUGGUGUCCUCCGCGCCUGUCAAUCCACCUGUAACCUUCCCCUCACCGAUUCGGCUGCCGAUCAGAUCUCUGCCAUGAUCCAGCCUUACGACGCCGUCGCACCGCCGCCCGUAAAGCCCGCUGCUUACGGGCUACGACGCCGAACACUUCUCCGGAGAAAACAACGAACCAAACGGAUAUCACCCGAUGGCCUCUCCGGGGACGCCGGGAACGACGGGUUCCUCUUCGGUGACAGUGGAGACGGUUAUUUUGGUGGCGGUGGCGGCGGAUUCGGUGGUGGCGGCGGCAGUGGUUGGAAUUUCAAUAGAUUUGGGGGUGGUCACAAUUGGGAUGAACCCUCGUCUUCAGUUCCGGAUCCUGCUUUUGAUUUUGUGUAUCAGGUGCUGUCGUGGAUUAUGCUUUCGAAUUGUUUGCAUUUCGCGGUUAAGAAGAUCAUUCGAAUUGUUGCGGCGGGAUCGAUUGUGGAUUCCGGUAGGGAAAAGGUUCCCGCCAGAUUGGUGCCAAUUUGCUGAUUUGGUAUCUUCAAACGAACCCCGUAGAUAUCGUAGAACAAAUCAUCAUUGGUGAUUACGCAUUGCAUCUAUGUUUAAUUGUGCAUUUGCUGUAAAUACAUUGUAUAUAAUAAUUUGUCAUUUAAUAUUUAAUUGACUAAUUUCAAAGUAAUUAUUUUUCUGCAUUUACAUUUAAUUGUGUAAUGUUUAGUUGAAGUAAUAAGUUUCCAGGUUGCGUUA